ACUUUCAAACCCAAGAGCUGUGAAAUACUAAUCCUGGAGGGAGGAAAAAUGGAUUUGCUCAGGUUUAGGGGGCCAAAAUGAUCAAUCAGCACACAAAGGACUCCUUCCAUCACUAAUGUGCUUUUGCUGGGAAUAAUAUAUGUAAGAAAAAUGGAGUUUUUAACCUCUUCUCCAGAGAACCACUGCUUUCCAGAAUUACUCGACGGCAGCGACGGGGAUGAAGAGGAAAUUCUUGUCUGUGGAGAAGAUUUAGAGCUUAAUCCUUUUGAUGGCUUGCCUUACUCCUCCCGUUAUUACAGACUGAUGAAAGAGAGACAAGAGCUUCCAAUAUGGCAAGAAAAACAUACUUUCAUGGAAACUUUGCUUCAUAAUCAAAUUGUGAUUGUGUCAGGAGAUGCUAAGACUGGCAAGAGCUCCCAGGUCCCUCAGUGGUGUGCCGAGCACUGCCUGGCCCUGCGGGCCCGCGGGGCCGUGGUGUGCACGCAGGUGCUGGCCCAGGCCGCCGUGGCGCUGGCCCUGCGUGUGGCCGACCAGAUGGAGCUCGGCGUGGGCCAUGAGGUGGGGUACUGCGUGCCCUUCGAGAGCUGCUGCGCGCCCGACACCAUCCUCAGGUACUGCACAGAUGAGAUGCUGCAGAGGGAAAUGAUGUCCACGCCCCUCCUGAGCUGCUACAGCGUCAUCGUCUUGGACGACGUGCACCAAAGGACUGUGGCCACAGAUGCCCUGCUUGGCCUCCUGAAAGGGGUCUUGGCAGCCAGAGCAGAGCUGAGGCUGGUGCUCCUGACUGCCCCCCACAUGUGCAGCACCCUGCAGGGGUUCUGUGGCACUGUCCCUGUGCUCCAUGUGCGGGGCAGGCACCGCGCCCAGGCCGUGUUCUCCUGCAGCGCCCACAGGGACCCCUUCCUGCCUGCCCUCAGGCUGCUCCUGGAGAUCCACCACGCCAGGGAGAAGGGGGACAUUGUCAUCUUCCUGGCAUCUGAGCAAGAAAUUGAAAAAGCUUAUCAGAUGAUUAGACAGGAACAACCCAAUUUAAACCCUGACCUUGGAGAGCUCAUCCCCAUCCCUUUGUACCCCACAAAACAAGACCUGACUCCCAAACUCAUUCAAAACAAGCAGAAAUGCUGCAAAAAAUACAGGAGGAAAGUGCUACUCACCACCAGCUCUGGAGAACCUCUGAUCUGGACUAAAAAUGUGACUUUUGUCAUCGAUGUUGGUGUGGAGACAAGAAAGGUGUACAAUCCUAGAAUCAGAGCAGACUCUGUUCUAACCCAGCCUAUCAGCCAAAGUCAAGCAGAGGUGCAUAAACAAAUUCUGGGCAUGUCUCCAUCAGGGAAAAUCUUCUGCUUGUACCCUGAAGAAUUUACACACAGGGAAAUGAAGGCAGAAAUUCCAGCUAAAGUUCAGGAAUCCAAUCUCACCAGCUUGGUCCUGUUCCUGAAGAGGAUGGACAUUGCAGGCUUUGCACACUGUGACUUCAUCAGCAGCCCAGCUCCUGAAAGCCUGAUGCAAGCUUUGGAAGAUCUGGAUUAUCUGGCAGCGCUGGAUAAUGAUGGAAACCUCUCUGAAUUUGGGAUUAUAAUGUCAGAAUUCCCCCUGGAUCCUCAGCUGUCCAAGUCACUGCUGGCUUCAUGUGAAUUUGAGUGUGUGGAUGAGAUGCUCACCAUUGCAGCCAUGGUCACAGCUCCCAGCUGCUUCCUGCACGCCCUUCCUGGCACAGAGGAGAUCGCUCGGAGCCGCUGGCGCCGCUUCUCCCACCCUGCAGGAGAUCACUUCACCCUCAUCAGCAUCUUCAACGCCUUCAGGGCAGCCACUGCCCACCCCACACACCCAGACUUCAGCAGGGAGCAGUGGUGCUGUGAGUAUUUCCUGAGCUGCUCUGCUCUGAGCAUGGCAGAGAUGAUCAGAGCCGAGCUGGUGGAGAUCAUGAAGCGCAUUGAACUUCCCAUCUCAGAACCAGACUUUGGAUCAGAAGCAAAUCUACUAAGCAUCAAGAAAGCUCUUUUAUCUGGUUACUUCAUGCAUAUUGCUCGUGAUGUGGAUGGCUCAGGGAACUAUUUAAUGUUAACACACAAACAAGUGGCCCAGCUCCACCCCUUCUCAUCCUACUACAACACCAGGAGGAUUCCAGAGUGGGUUUUAUUCCAUGAGUUCAGCAUCUCAGAGGGCAAUUCCAUCAGAGUUGUCUCUGAGAUCUCCCCCCAUCUAUUUGCAGAGCUGGUACCUCAGUAUUACUUCAGCAAUCUUCCUCCAAGUGAAAGCAAGGAUAUUCUGCAGGAAGUGAUCAAUCACUUGGCACCUGUUUCAGCCACAGAGGAGGAACAGAAAACUGCCAGUGACAGCAAAGAAAAUGAGGAAUUUCCCCAAGCUCCCACUGAGCAGAGAUGUGUUAUUCAGUGAAUGUAGACGGAGCCAUCACAUACUGGACAACAAUAAAUAA